GUAAACUGGAUUGUGACGUAGGGGUUUAAAACUGCAGGGAGCAUCACACACCCUUGACCACGCUAAGUAAGUAGUCGAUGCUUGGAGGCGUAACUGAAGACUCUUCCCUGUUUUGACGGGUUAUGACUCCACAAACAGUAUCGUAGUUUACAGUCCAAGGGCGAGCUCCAGCAAGGAUGGCGUCCUUUCUACAGAUAUCGGACGAUGAGAAGGGACACGAACUGGGUCUCUUUUGCGUCCCUAAACACUACGAAGAUGAUUUAGACCGUGUCAUCAUUCCGCACGGUCUCAUCAUGGAUAGGACUGAACGCUUGGCCCGAGAUAUCAUUCGAGACAUGGGAGGACAUCAUAUAGUUGCUCUUUGUGUGCUCAAAGGUGGUUAUAAAUUCUUUGCCGACCUGCUAGAUUUCAUCAAGGCUCUUAAUCAGAACUGCGAUAAGUCUGUACCGUUGACUGUGGAUUUCAUUAGACUUAAGAGCUACUCAAAUGACCGCUCAACAAACCAAGUGAAAGUUAUAGGUGGCGACGAGUUGUCUGCCCUGACAGGGAAAAAUGUGUUGAUAGUUGAGGACAUUGUGGAGACAGGCAGAACCAUGGAGACUCUGCUGUCGCUGCUGAAUGAUUAUAAUCCCAAAAUGGUGAAAGUAGUCAGUCUCCUGGUGAAGAGGACCCCUAGGAGUUCAGGAUACAGGCCUGACUAUUUUGGAUUUGAAGUCCCUGAUAAAUUCCUCGUGGGAUAUGCAUUAGAUUACAAUGAGUACUUCAGAGACCUCAGCCAUAUCUGCAUCCUGAGUGAGAAUGCAAAAGAAAAAUACAAAGUGUGAGCAGAGCAGGAUGAACAGGCUCUGACCACUGUGAAUGAGUUUCCUGUUUUAUUUGAGUUCAAGAUCAAAUUUAUUUUUCUACAUUUAAUUAAGAACACUGAAUGUGAAAUCAUUUUUCAUGAUGGGUGGUCUGGCAGGGGUAACAAAUGACAGGGGAGGCUGGAGAAAAAGAUUAUGAAAUGUGAUACUUUUGGUUAAUCACUCAAGUGUGUUAUUUUAAUAGCAUUACAUGUAAAUAUAACAAGAAUAUGUGUUAUAUUAUUUAAUUAUUUAUCUUAAUAAUGGAGGCCUUGGGUAUAUUUGAAGGCAUUUUUUUUUAUGUUGUUAUAUUUUGACUUCAUGUUUCUGUUACCAAACAGUCUCAGGCUAUAAUCCUUGAGAAAGAAAUGUUCUAAAUCUGAGUCCAUUAUUAUUUGUCCUUAAUCCAUGAAUUUUACAUUAUUUACUCUCAUUAUGAGGGUCAGGACUGUAAUUUGUAACAGCCAUGAUUGUUUUUGUUAGUCUUAUCAAGACCUGCAUUAUGAUGACACCGGGCCAUGAUACCAAGUAGGUGGUUUAGUGGCAAACCUAAGUAAGGUGACCGUGAUAAUAGAAAUAGCCUGGUGCGUCAAUAGCCAAAGUUAACAAAGCCAGAAGGCUCUUCUAUUAGGAGGUUUACCACAUGCCCUGGGUUAAUUUACUCAGAUCUGUCACUUCACUACCUACUUGGAAUACACCCCUGAUCCUAUAUGCUGGUCUGUUGUGUGUCUUUUCAUGAUGGACUCAUGAUGUGCUGCAAUAAUAACAAUUAAAAUCACAAAGAAAACUGUCAAA